GGACCGGCCCAAUCCGUUUAGACUAAACUCCACAUGAAUCACAACAACCCGGUUAGAGCUAGUAUCCACCGGAUUCAGUUUUGGGUGAACCGGACCGGUCUGGCCCGACCCGGCCCUUUGGUACCAGCACAUUCGAGACCCUUCUAGGACUAGCACUUUUGGUCCCCAUAAAUACAAUUUCUAUCAACUGUUAUCAACUUUCCAACACUUAUUUUUCCCUCUGUAUAUCAGCAGCCAAAAUCAAGAAACUCGAAAAAAAGAGGGAUAAGGAUGUCAUAUUUGUUGCCACAUCUUCAUUCAGGAUGGGCAGUGGAUCAAGCUAUCCUUGCUGAAGAAGAACGCCUGGUUAUUAUUCGCUUUGGUCAUGAUUGGGAUGAUACUUGUAUGCAGAUGGACGAGGUGCUGUCUUCGGUUGCAGAGACGAUCAAGAACUUUGCUGUGAUUUACCUGGUCGAUAUCACUGAGGUCCCUGAUUUCAACACGAUGUACGAGCUGUAUGAUCCAUCAACCGUCAUGUUCUUCUUCAGGAACAAGCACAUUAUGAUUGAUCUUGGCACAGGGAACAACAACAAGAUCAACUGGGCACUUAAGGAUAAACAGGAGUUCAUCGAUAUUGUUGAGACAGUGUAUCGCGGUGCAAGAAAGGGUCGUGGUUUAGUUAUUGCACCAAAAGAUUACUCUACCAAGUACAGAUACUAAGCAUAUAUAUUUGUACAUGCUGUUACUUGGUUGCUUUAAUAUGUUGUACGAACUGAUUGAACAAUAUCCUAUUGACAUGUAAAAAAUUGACCAUGUAUGAAUUACGAGGAGCUUCUUGAUGAGGCUUGGUUCUUUUUCUCUGCUA